AUGAAGUUGGUGAAUUUUCUCAUGAAGCUGCAUAACGAGUCUGUGCAGGUGGAGUUGAAGAACGGGACGAUGGUGCAGGGCACGAUCCUGUCGGUGUCGCCGGCGAUGAAUAUCAAUCUCAAGGACGUGAAGAUGACGGCGGUGGACCGCACUCCGGCGGCGCUGGAGCACAUGACUAUCCGUGGGAACCAGGUGCGGAUGGUGCUCUUGCCGGACGAGCUGAACUUGGACUCGAUCCUCUCGGACUCGGUGUUCAGACCGAAGAAGAAGCUGCAGCAGCAGAACCAGAGCCAGCCCGGUCCGCACAGUGCGCCCGGCAGGGCGCCUAAACGCACGGCACGGGCGAAGAACAGAGGGUUCUGA